CCUGGCGGAGCUGCGCUAGAACUUGCCGAGGACCCUGGCCCAGUCCCGGCGUAGAGGCCGCCGGAGGAGCCAUGGCCGCAGGGAGUGCUGGGUGCUUGGCUGCGGGGAGUCUCUGUGUGGCCUGCCUGGUGCUCUACUUGGGGUUCCCCAGCUGUGCUACCCAGACCAUCUACGGAGCUGUAAACCACAGCGUGACUUUGUACACAUCAGGCUCUGUACUCAUUAAAGAGAUUAUGUGGAAGAAAGGAAAAGAUAAAGUCAUACAGUGGGACGAGGAGGACUCCCACGUCAAAGCUUACCCACCUUUCAUAGAUAGGGUUCAUCUAGACCUCAAAUCAGGAAACCUCACCAUCUUCAAUCUAACAUUAUCGGAUGAAGAUUGGUACGAAGUCGACUCUCUGAGCAUUACCAAUACCAAGUUCUAUCUUCAAGUGAUUGAGCCUCUUCCGUCUCCAACACUAAAUUGCUCAGCCACUGCUGAAAAAGACAUUAUGGUCAGCUGCAUGGUCCCCGAGUCCUAUAAUAGCAGAUACAGGAAACUUAUAAAUUACUCAUGGAACUGCUUCUCGGCACAGUGUCAGAAUAGGUCCAAUUCAUCGGAAGUUUUUAUUGGGCGGGAAGCUGAUCUGUCACAGGAAAUACAAUGUAUCAUCAGUGACCCACUGUCCAGACAGACCUCAUCACUGCGUUUGGCAACCUGUGUCCCAGAUAAUUCAAGGGUCCAUUUUAUGAUUAUACCAGCAGUAUUCUUGGUGGUGAUACUGGUAGUGGGUUUUUUGCUGUAUGGCAAGGAUCAUCUGAAAUGUUGUGGAGAAAGAGCCAGAACCGAGCUCCCGGGGGUCCUCUGCCCACCCACCCCCCCGUCACGGGCCUCAGACCAGUCACUUCCACUGUCUCUGCCUCAGUCGUCUCAUGUGGGAAAUGGGCAUAACGAAGGUGGAGAAAUCAGAGUAAGAGUGUAGCCCCAGUUGACCUACAAGAUGAACUCAAAUGUACAGUAACUUAUUUAAGUAACAAAAAACCACCUGAUUGUCAACCAAGUAUGACAUGAUCUUCAAGGACAUCCUGGAAUUCCAACCUUAAGUGAUCCUUCAGCAGAAGGUUUUUUUGGGGGAACAUUUGGGGGGGCUCAGUCAAUUGAACUUCUGACUCUUGAUUUUGGCUGGAGCA